UUCUGCAUUAUAACUGGUGGAAGUAAUCUUGUCAUUUGGUUAUUUUAUUCAGAAUAUUGUUUAAUUUUCUUAAUAUAUUUUAUUUUUACAAUAAUGGCGGAAUCAGUACCUUUAGUAAAACAAAAUGAUGGCAUCAAAAUACCGGCGUUAGGAUUAGGAACAUAUACUUCUACUGGUGGAGAUUGCGAAAGAGCAGUAAAAGAUGCAAUUGAUUUGGGGUAUCGUCACUUUGAUACCGCAUAUUUCUAUGAAAAUGAAGCCGAAGUUGGUGCAGCUGUUCGAGCUAAAAUUAAAGAAGGUGUCAUUCAAAGAUCUGAUGUUACAAUUGUCAGUAAGCUUUGGUGUCACUUUCAUGAUCCAGAAAGAGUUGAAGAUGCUUGUCGUAAAUCUUUGAAAAAUUUUGGUUUAGAUUAUAUUGAUGUUUAUUUAAUGCAUUGGCCAUACGGUUAUGAAUAUCAAGGAGAUAAAGUUAUGUUUCCUACAGAUACUAGUGGAAAUGUAAUAUUAAGUGAUGUUGAUUACGUUGACACUUGGAAAGCUAUGGAAAAAUUAAUUGAUUUGCGUCUAGUUAAAAGUAUUGGAGUUUCUAAUUUUAAUAGUGAACAAUUGACAAGAUUACUUUCUGUUGCUAAAAUUAAACCAGUUCAUAAUCAGAUUGAAUGUCAUCCUGCUUUAAAUCAAAAGAAAUUAAUUAAGUUUUGUAAAGAACGUGAUAUCAUUGUUACUGCUUAUUGUCCAUUAGGAAGACCAGAUCCAGCUAAAAAGACGCCUAACUAUAUAUUCGAUGAUAAAGUUAAAGAAAUUGGUGAAAAAUAUAACAAGACCGCUGCACAAAUCGUUUUAAGAUAUCUAUACGAAAUUGAUGCUGUACCUAUUCCAAAAUCCGUAACCAAGGAACGUAUCCGCCAAAACAUUGAUAUUUUUGAUUUUAAAUUAACGGAUGAAGAGCAUAAAAUUUUGGACUCAUAUAAUACCGGUGAAAGGUUAAUUCCAAUGGAUCAUGCUAAAAAUAGCAAAUAUUAUCCUUUUAAUGUUGAAUAUUAAAUAUGUACCUGGAUAUGUACACAUGCAUGUAUGUACGAAAUACAGUUAUAUAUGAAGGAAUACAUAAUAUAGACCCACAUACAUACAUACAUAUCAAUUUGAAAAAUUGUACAAGUUUUUUAUAUCAAUUUGAAAUCAAAAUUUUGUUAUGAACAAUAAAUAUUUAAGUACUUAUUAAAAAA